AUGAGUUCCUUGAAAGCCCCCGUCACCACGAAGGCGUAUGUGGUCGAGAAAAAAGGCGCCCCUUUUGUUCUUUGCGAUGUCAUUCUGGACCAAGUACAACCAUCGGAGGUGCUAGUAGAGAUCAAAUACACAGGAUUAUGUCAUACGGAUGUUGUUGUCCAACAAGGAGGGAUGCCUAUCGGCCAGUAUCCUGCUGUUCUUGGUCACGAGGGUGUUGGAAUCGUCCGCCAAGUAGGUUCAGAAGUGGCAGAUAAGUCAUUGAAAGAAGGGGAUACGGUGCUCCUGUCAUUCCAUGCCUGUGGCCGGUGCAAUGCUUGUCUCAAUGGCCGCUGCGGAAGCUGCCCCCGCAUGACCGAGACCAAUUUUCUUUCCACCGCACGCUCAGACAAGACGUCACCAAUUGCCUUACCUGAUGGCACGCCAGUGCAUGGGCAAUUCUUUGGACAGUCCUCUCUUAGUAAAAUGGCCAUCGUCACAGAGAAGUCUGUGGUAAAGAUCUCCGCACAGGCAUCAGAUCUCCAGUUUCUUGCGCCGUUUUCUUGUGGAUAUCUGACAGGGGCUGGAACAGUACUGAAUGCGCUUUGCCCAAAUAGCGACUCUAAGAUUGCUAUCAUUGGAAUGGGAGGUGUUGGACUCGCUGCAAUGCUAGCAGCUAGAGCUAUAGGCGUUCAGCAUGUUGUUGCUGUGGAUAUGCUCGACGCAAAGCUUGAAAUGGCAGCCUCGCUCGGCGCUACGCACACUGUCAAUACCAAAGAGGUCAAGAACCUUGCAACUGGUAUACAUGAUAUAUUUCCUGAUGGUGUGGACUAUAUUCUGGAUACUACUGGUGUGGCAUCUCUUUUACAGGACUCUCUUGCAGCCCUAGCUCAUGAGGGCACUCUGGCUCUUGUUGGUGUGCCAUCACCUGCAGCCAAUAUUCAAGUCAAUGCGCUGGACCUGCUGCUCUCUUGUAAGAAGAUAAUCGGUGUAAUUGAAGGAAGGGCUGAUCCAAAGACC